AUGAUUCCCUUAAGCAACAAAAUUUCUAUUAAGGAAGAUGUAUUUGAGAUCCUGAUGAACAGGAAUGCUUACGAUAUGAAUGUGUACCCAGAUGAAGAAUCAAUGGAAGAGAGCGAGUACCGUGAACGCGAUAGUCGACUUCCGCCCCCUGGAACACGUGUUCGAAGAGGACCUAAUUGGCAUUAUAAUAACCAGGACUCAAACGGUCCAGGAACUGUAAUUGGAAAUUGGAGUCGAGAUGGCUGGAUAUAUGUUGAAUGGGAUACUGGAAUGAAAUUUCCAUAUGAAUAUGACACUGAGAAUGUCAAUUCAGGUGAUAUCGUCAUCACUGAUGAACCUAGGUUAUUGCAAAGAGAAAGCAUUGCAGUGGGAUGCCUUGUUCAGAGUGGUCCUGACUGGCAAUGGGAAAACCAAGAUGGCGGUCCUGGCAAUAUUGGGACAGUGUACAGAGUGAAACAAGAUGUUGUCUAUCUAGAGGAAGGUCACAACGAUAUUCUUGCCUCUCCCCAUCUUCAAAGUGGUGAUGGGGACAGUGGCCCCCUAUGA